AUGCUCUUUUCAAACAUCUUCGUCGCCAUCUCCUUGGUUUCUUCUGCUCUCGCUCUGCCUAUCAGCAGCACGCCACUCGAGAGGAGAGCGCUGCAAUUCCGCAAAUACGCCGAUUUUCAGGUUUCUGAUGGCAAGGCCGGAAAUGCUUUGGCCGAAGUUCAAGCAAAGUUUCCGAUUGAUACGAGUAAUCUGAAGGGCGUCUCUGCUAGCGAUCUCGCCAUCAUCAACGCGGCGCGAGAGACUGCAGAGGCAGCCGAGACUGAUGCGUUCAACGGUCAAAUCAAGGCGGCAAGCGGUUCCGCUGCGACGGCAUUGCAAAACGGCAAGAUCAAGAACAAGGUUCUCAAGUUGUUCUUGGAGGUGACUGCCCUCCAGAUUCAGCAGGCUCAGGGCAAAGACAAGCAGGAUAAGAUUGAUGAGGAGCAGAAGAAGCUCAACAACAACAUCAGCUUGGAUAAGAAGGCGGCCGGUCAAGCAAGUGAGGGAGUUGAUUUCACGGAUGAUGUUGAGCCCGACAACUAG